AUGUGUGAUCCCUCCCCUCCCUCCAGUGACGAGGCUGCCAACUAUGACGAGAAGCACGAGAAAGCUGCUGCAGAGAUUGCAAGGCGCAUUGGAGCCAGGCGAGGCUUCAUCGGUGUGCCUUGGAUCGAGGACGAUGAUUCCGAGGAGGAUGGGAAAAGCGAGACAGAUGCAGAGCCUGCACGCGCAGUGAGGGUUCUUGACUAUGCUUGCGGCACCGGUGCCAUGUCUAGAAGUUUUGCGCCGUACACGACGCAGUGCAUAGGCAUUGACCUCUCGCAGAAGAUGGUCGAUACUUACAACACGCGAGCUAGCAAUCAGGGUCUGGCUAGAAAUGAGAUGUUUGCAUAUAAUGGCAACCUCUGUAUCCCUGAUGACGAGGACCCAGAAGUCUUCAGAGACCCAGAGUUCUGGGACUUCGACAUGGCGAUCGUCGGGCUCGGGUUUCACCACUUUGACGAUCCUCUACUCGCGGCAAAGCGUCUUGUGUCUCGCCUGAAGCCGGGUGGUGUUCUGGUGAUUGUCGACUUUCUUACGCAUGCGCCUAUUGCAGGCCACGGGCAUGGGCAUGCUCAUGAUCACCAUCACGUGUUAAAGGCACUGCAAACCGUGACACAUCACGGCUUCGGGGAGGCGCAGAUCAGGGAGAUCUUUGUCGAUGCCGGGGCGGGGAAGGACUUUGCCAUUGAUAAGAUGGGCGAGGUGACUAUGGGGGUGAAGCUUGGGAAGAGAGGCUUGUUCAUGGCCCGGGGAACAAAGGGGUGA